AGGCAGGAGCUGGGAACACUUCUGCUGCACUUUUGAUAAUUGAGGGAGUUUGCCACCACUGUGUUCCUUCCAGCAUGGCCAAAAGUGCAGAAGUGAAGCUGGCGAUCUUCGGUCGAGCCGGCGUGGGCAAAUCAGCUCUCGUGGUGCGCUUCCUGACCAAGCGGUUCAUCUGGGAGUACGACCCAACUCUAGAGUCGACAUACCGUCACCAAGCUACCAUUGAUGAUGAAGUGGUUUCCAUGGAGAUACUAGACACAGCUGGCCAGGAGGAUGCCAUUCAGAAAGAGGGACACGUGCGAUGGGGCGAGGGCUUCGUGCUGGUUUACGACAUCACGGACAGAGGCAGCUUUGAGGAAAUGCUGCCACUUAAGAACUUGUUGGACGAAGUCAAAAAGCCCAAAAACGUCACCCUGAUCCUGGUGGGGAACAAAGCAGACUUGGACCACUCCAGGCAAGUCAGCACGGAGGAAGGUGAAAAGCUGGCCACGGAACUGGCGUGUGCUUUUUACGAGUGCUCCGCUUGCACGGGGGAGGGCAACAUCAUGGAGGCGUUCUACGAGCUCUGCCGCGAGGUGCGGCGCCGCAAGAUGGUCCAGGGCAAGACUCGGAGGCGAAGCUCCACCACCCACGUCAAGCAGGCCAUUAAUAAGAUGCUCACCAAAAUCAGCAGCUAAAAAGAGCUCUCCUAAGCCAGAGAAGCGUUUUAGAGCGUAUUAGCUUGGAGCAGGGAUGGGGCAAGCAGAGUGUGUUUAAUGAGAAGUGGUCAAAUCUUUGCAAUGAAGAAAAAAAACUACAAAAAGACAAACACCACCACUUUUUUGAGUAACACGGGAUCAUACUAUUUUCCUGUUUUGAAAUGUAUUUAGCCACACUGCUUUGGACUACUGUGGGAGAAAAAAAACAAACCAAACACCAAAUGAACUCCAAAUGACUAGACAAUUGUGGGGAUUGGCAACCAAGAGUGAAUCUUCUGCUUCUACGUGGCUAGCUCCAAUCCCCUGCAAGUCAGUAGUGCCUAAACAUCAUUUCCAGCCAGACAGCUGCUCAGCAGCCAUUGGAGAGUAAGAUUCAGCCCUCAGUCCAUCAACAACCAUCACAACUGUUGUUCUCCAGGACUGAAUAUGUGUAGAGGCUGCUGUGUUGAAACAGAACGUUCACCUGACACCUUCACCAGCUCUGAGUUGGCUCAUUGUAUGCUUUCACUCCUUCCUUGUUAUUUUUGUCAAAUCCAUGAGUGUUGAUGUUCUUAGAAAGGUAUGCAAAAAUAUAGGAAAGGUCUAUUUCCUGGAGUGUUUAGCCAGCUAGACACACAUUUCAAGAGAGCUAGAGUUCAGCUGCUCUUCCAGCUCCUCUGAAACUGUAGAGUUCUCCUGAAAUAAUCAUCUAGUCCAGCAGCACUUCACCAUUUCCCCCUCAAAGCAUUGCACUGUGUUUGGGGAAAUGGGAGUAUAUGUGCUGGGAAAUCAAACUGAAAAAAAAAAAAAAAAGAACCAUAUUACUGUUGAUUUAGCUAUGGUUAGUAUUUAGAUUUUGAUUUUUUUUUUUUUUUUUUUUUUUUUGGCCUUUUUUUGAUUCAAGUAGUUCCUCUUAGUUAGUUUUAUACCAAAGAACUGAAUUGCUGGGAAGGCAAGUAUUUAAAGUCUAAGCCCAAAUGUAAAUCAGAUCUGAAUGGCCACUAUCAUAUCAAAAAAACAUAAUAAAGCAGUGCAGGUUUUUUGUAACUUUUAUCUGGCACAUUGAAGCAGAAACACAUUUUAUCAGAUUUUGGUGCCUGGGAUAAAAGGUGUCCAGUGCUUUCCAUCUCCCUCAUCAUCUCAUUCAAGCCAGCUGCCAAGUUUUGCCUCUGUCUAGAUGGUUUCUUAACUGCUCAAAGAUGCAAGAACCAAGAUUGGAAGCUUUUAAUUCAGAUUUUACUGGACUUCAACCAGUGGUGUAGGAUCCCUUUGGGCAGCUCAGACUAUCAACAUGUAGAACCACAGCCAAGGGUUGGGAUGACAAAUUGGCAGUGUUCUCCUUUGAGUAACAGCCCCCUUGGAGCAUUUGCUUAUAGCUUUACUCUCCAGUGCUUUGUACUUAAUGUGGUUAUUUGCGAGGAAAUAAGUCCAAAAGCCUACCAAAUGCAAAUUGCCACAGGUGUAGGAAAGUGAGUAAAUCUAUCUGGCUAUCACUUUGUAGAGCUAUAGGUAGCCAUAUAAGUGGUGAAACAGGCUGAAGAGGCAGAUCUGUAUAUCCAUGCAAACAGAGAAAUGUUCCAAAUUACGACUUCUAUCAAAAGUAUUCACUUAAAGGUAUUUUACCAAAGUACUUUUUUAGAAAAUCUUUUCCCUAACCAGCAAAGAACAUCACGUUCAGAUGUAUAUUUUAUUUGGGCUGUUGUUUGUUUUCUCUGCUUCUGUAUUCUAGGUGGUAAAAACUCAUUUCACUGUCCUGGAAUGUCUAUAUUUUGGUCCUCAUAUUCACGUGUGCUGCUGUCCAUCAGCUGGACACACUGCAAUGGAAACUCCACCAUGUGCUUCUGGGCAGGGGGUCCUUGCAACAGGCCUCUGUGACACACUUGUUCCCAAACUACUCAUCAUAUCAUUAACUUUUUUAAAAAAGAAAAAAAAAAGUAAAAAAAAAGAGAAAAAUAGAGGUUUUGCCAUUUUUAGUAUUGUAGAAUCAACACAAGUGUAAAAGAGCGAGCUAGUGCCUAUUCACAAACCAGAAUUCUUUAGCUGAGGGACUGAACUUGCCAGAAAUAUAGUUACAUUGGGAGCCAGAGUGAGCAUUUGCAAGUUGAAGCACUGGGGUUCUGUUAUCUUUCAAAUCAGUGCUGGUACACGUAUCUGAAGUAAACAAAAUCCUUACCUGCAAUCCCAUGGCAACGUAGUCAUGUCUUCGCUUUGGUAUGCUAAGCAAUUGGUUCAUCCCUCUUAGAAAACCUCAACAGUUCUUUUAUCUGAAAAUCCUUUCUUGGGGUUCAGAUUGGAGCUGCAUUUAAAAUACAAAAAGGUUCUAUAUGAAUGACAAGAGAAAAUAAUUAAUCAUAUUCCUAUGAGGAGAGUUGAAAGGAAGGAGAGGCUGAGUUACAGCCCGCACACUUUCCAAAAGAUUUCCAGCAAAUUGUAUCUUCUUUUGUAACAUCUGUGUGGAUAAAUUAUAAAAUCCUGGUGAAAAUAAAAUGUUCCACUGUGCAAAUAUCCCUUGUUACAUAAAGAACCUACAAUAAAAAUAGUAACAUUCCUUCUCAAAGACUGAAUCUGAAAACUGCAAACAAGAUAAACACUUGGUCAAAAAGAAGGCUGCCAUUUUGUAACUUUUCCACUAAAACAAAUACAAACCUCUUUACUUAGUUGCUCCUUAAUUUUUUCCCUUGAAUCCAGUUCUGUUGAUAUGCUUUACAUAGCAUUAAAUGCAACUCGAUCUACUGUCUCUCACCAUGUUGCAACCUAUUAUGGAUAUGCUAUAAAUCUUUCACAUUCCCACAAUGUGCAAAUUGAGCCCAAAAUUGCCCAAGCAUUGAAAAGGCUGAGUGCAGCAUGAACCCACAUUCAGCAGCCUUUCUGCAGCAGACAUCAACAGAUUCAAUUCUGUUGAAUUUUGUGUUAAAUUUUCUCCUGCUGCUGUUUAAGUGUGUGUAUGUGACACUAACAUGAAUUUCUCUCCUCUGCCUGCUGCCAUUUCUGCAGAGAGAGGAUGGGAAAGAAGAUAAAAACGGGGAGGAAAGGUGAAAGGGAUACUUGUUACCUUCAACAAGUUGAUUGUCGUUUAUGAAGUUUUUUAAAUAUUUAUCUUCAAUUGAUGAAGAGUUAGUCAUGCCCGUGCUGCAAGACCUGGAUCAGGACCCAAAACUUCCCUAGAACUUUGAGAAUCUUUGUAUCUGGGGGUUUGGUGCAACUACAGAUGGAAGUGAGGAUCAGCCACUGGGUUUGCACCUGGAUCCAGACAGGUUGUCCCCAGCCUGGGGAUAGUUGGAUCUGGCAGUUUGCUACAAGGCUAGUUGAUUUUUAUAUAUAUAAUGAUCUGUAUGCAUUUUUACAUUAAAAAUAUGAAAGCUUGUGCUUGUAGAUAAUAUAUAAGAAAAAAAUAAAAAAGAAAAAGCAAAUAUGGUGGUUUUUGUACUGACUCUCACAUAUUGAUCUUCCAUUAGAUGUCUCCAGUGUUCCUUUCAGCUAUUAAGGGGCCAGUCCCAAAAGCCCUGAUUUGGUUCUUACUUUAUCUUUAUCUAAGGAAAGCAAACAGUGAAUUUUACCAGAAUAAGCACUGUAAAAUUUGGAUCAUUUUACUUGAACUUAUUUGGCUGUUAGUCCUGGAAUAGAGAAGCCAAACAGCAUCUACAGUGAGGCACAGCUCCAAAUGUCCUUGCUAUUUCAAGGCUGAUGAAAAAAGUUACAGGGUAAUUAUCUAACCUCAGUGAAACCCACCAAAAGCUGUCCUGCCAACUAAAUAGCACAAACCUUGAUCCCAAGCUUCUGAGAUGAAAUCCUGGGAUAAGAAGUCUGGGAGAUUUAUGCUGGUGAUUUGGACAGAGGCAACUUUUCACCUGCUGCCAACUCUGCCCAUCCUCUGUUCCAAGGAUAACGCACUGUUAAUCUGAGGAGGAGGUACAUAAUUUGUACCUUAUGAAAGGUACAUUAUAUGAGUGGUAAAUAAUUAAACAGAGCAUGAGUAUUAAGCUGUAGCAGAGGAAGCUUCAGCUCUGCGGAGGGGAGCUGUCAUCCAUUCUUUUCCCCCCAAACCUGGGCCAACCAAAGCAUGAUGAACAGGAGUGGGGUAUAAGAAUGUCACAACAGGCAGAGCACUGCAUAAAACCCGGGUGCAGAUUUGUUCUGGGAGGUGAAACCUCCCAACACCAGUCACUGUCUGCCUCUGGAGCACUGCAAAGCAGCCUUGAGUUCUGUCAAGCCACAGAACAUUAUUUUGUUGCAGUCAAAAUAAUGUCUCCUGCAAAGUUAAGUAGCUGCAGUCAUAAAGGCUAUGCAUAAACAGUCUUGGGGUUCCUUUUAUCUUUUUCUUUAAUGGCUCGAUACAUAUGCAAAUCUAAAGAAGAAAAAGAAAAAGAGGCUUUAAUUAACAGAGGCUUCUUGGCAUUUUGAUGUAUCUGCCUUUAUGCUCUUUGCAAAAUUAAACCUGUAAUGAAAACAGUGUCAUCUUAGA